AUGGAGGAGUGCAAGGCUGUGGCGAGUCCUGUGGAUGUCAGCUCUCGACUGAUGUCAAGAAACGCUGCGAGCAAGAUCGAUGUUCCAUUCCGUGAAGCUGUUGGUGUUUUGAUGCAUCUGAAGACUGAAACACGACCGGACAUCGCCUAUGCUGUGAGCUUUGUGUCGCGCUUCAUGGAGAGUCCCCAAAAAGAACACUGGGUUGCGGUCAAGCGCAUCUUUCGCUACAUACAAGGCACUGUGGCAAAGUCACUACUCAAAUUUUGUACGAGGAUCGGUGGCCACACCUUUAAAGCGCCGCUUACUGGUGGAAAGUGA